UAUAACGACAACCCCACCGUGGUCACGUUGGAGAAGGACUUCCGAAGCUGGAAGUUCAGUCUUCCAGCAGUUACCACGUGUGAUACGAAUAAAGUUGCCCCAAAUAAACUGGCCAAAGCUAUUGCAACAAGAUGGAACAUAACGCAGAGUGACGCUAAAUAUGAUUACUACAGCAGGUUCAUUCAUACUGUGGCCAAUUCUGACAUCUUCCAUCUAGAACAGUACACGGAGUUCAGAGAUGAUGCCUCUCUCAAUGUGGAUCUGUUCCAGUUAGCUGUGGAGGUUAUGCCAAAACAGCAUGUUAAAACGUCGUCUUCCCUAGCGAUAGCUGUUAAAUGGACUCCGGUCAUGACGGAGAACGGAGCAUGCUUUGCAACCAAUACAGUGGCUAUACGUGAUGUUGCUAUAACGAAACCGGAUUGGAAUACCACCACAGAGUGGCCGUUCAAAUGUCAGUUUACAGCCGUGAUGUGUUAUAUUAUGUUUGAAGUGACCAUUCCAACUCAUUUCUACGUCCACUCGGUGUAUGAUGUGGCUGACUCCACCGACCACCCAUCCACCAUCUACCCAUCGCUGAACCGCUUCACCGAGCUGAGCGUGAUGGAGACCAGAGCUGGUGAUGGAGUGAGGCAGCUGUCUCCGCGCCGGCGAGGGUGUCUCUAUACCGACGAGACUGAAGACUCUCGGAAACAGGUGUACAGUACUCACAUGUGUCGUUUGUCGUGUCGGAGUCGUCUCGCGGUGAAGCUGUGCGGGUGUCGGCCAUUUUACUAUUUCUUUGAAGGGGGUACAGUAUGCGACACUCACGGGAUGUGGUGUCUAUCUCAACACGUAAGAGAGCUGGCCAACUUCGGUGGGGACAGGUGCUCCUGCAGCCAGCAGUGUCAGGAUUCCACUUUCCUGGAGAACUUUAGCGAGGACCAGUUCUGGGACAAAGGCCCGUUCCAGGGUAGAGGUGCACUUAGGUUGACAGUGCAGGCACCACGAACUCGAUACACCAGGGAAAUCGUGUUCCACUUUCAGGAUCUAGUGGUGUCAUUCGGAGGAGCAGCCGGCCUCUUCCUGGGAGCUAGUGUCAUCAGCUUCGUUGAGAUCAUCUACUUCCUGAUGGAGACAUUGCUGAGAAUAUUUACCAUCAAAGAAGCGAAGCACGGAAUUGAAAUGGAUCCGUCGCCGGGGACACGCGGGAAGUUCGCACUCUUCCGGAUUCAGCUGAAAUAAAUAAUACUAUAAUCCCUAUAUUAAAAGUAUA